AUGUCGGUGAUCCACCUCCAAAACGUUCAGGUCCUGAACCCCAAAGGAUCCUUCUCUGGUAAGUGUUCGGCAAUCAUUUGCAUUGCUCUCGAGUCACCUCACGUCUCACUCCAUCUUGCAACGACCACGCGCUCGCCACCCGACUGUACAGAUCCUUACAUUUUCAAGGUCACUUUCGAGUGCAUCUCGCCACUUGAGGACGAUAUCGAGUGGAGGUUGAUCUACGUCGGAUCGGCCGAGAGCGCUAGCUACGAUCAAGAGCUGGACAAUUGCAUGGUCGGGCCUGUUCCGGUUGGUGAGUGGUAGAGGUCAUGACGCUUGAGGAGCUGUCGCGCGUGUUGAAGGAGUGUUGCGUCUAGCAGCAAGCACGAGUCGCCUUUGGCUCAAAAAGUCCUCAUGUGCUUCUUCAUGCUCAAGACUUACAUCGCUCCGGCUGUUCUUUCUCAGGCGUCAACUCGUUCGAGUUCGAAGCGGACGCUCCUCAUCCCGACAAGAUUCCUACGCAAGAUUUGCUUGGCGUGACAGUCAUCCUCCUGACCGGAAGCUAUCGCGAUGCAGAGUUCAUUCGUGUCGGUUACUACGUCAACAAUUUUUACGAAGACCCAGCCUUGCAAGAGAAUCCUCCUGAGCAGGUAGAUCUCUCCAUCGUCAAGAGGGAAGUCUUGGCAGAGAAGCCUAGAGUCACUCGUUUCAAUGUCAAGUGGUGAGCAUGCCAGUCUCAUGCUCUGCUAAACGGUCGCUUCAGCUAUCUCACUGGCUUCGAACCAUUUUCCCACUCUGUCCCUGUCAGGGACGCGGACUCCAAGCCAGCAACACUGCCAUCCACCUCAAACGCCAUGGACACCGACGACUCAUCUCAGGCUAUUGUGCCUCCACCUGCAGGCGGCUCCUCCUCGUCAGGAUUCGGUUCCCAAGCUUCGGGACAAUACAAUGGCAGCGACGGGCAAAGCGUAGGAAGCAGGAGCGCUUUUGCCCCCGUGGCUGUACAGUGA